AUGGAAGAUGACGGAUCUCAAAUCCCUUCUUCGAGACGAGCUAGUCGGAAGCUUCAAAAACAAAAGGUCCCUUACUUCUCUCAAAGUCGGAACAAAGACCUACCGGAUACGCCACAGCCCCCGCAAUACUACGAAAAGGCAACAUCUUCGCACCGAAGAACUCUUUCUGGUCACUCGUAUGGGAGUGGUCUUCGAACUGGCCUCAAAACAGUUGAGCAACGCCUUCAAAGUUAUUCAAAAGAAACGCAAUCCGCAGUUGAGUUCAUCCCGGAAAUCAAAAGGGCCACCAUCUGGGGUGCAAUUUUAUCUCUUUUUCGAAAGGUGCUGAGUCAAUAUGGCGAGAGUCAGGUGGAUAGCGUUCCGGCAGAGAAACCUGACGACAUUAUUGCAACUUACCCUCGCGGUAUGAGGUUGUUUCUGAUCCUCAUGAGCGGAGCUUUGCCAUAUGUCGUGGUCGUCUUGGAUGACACAGUUGUUGCAAUCAUAGUCCCCAGACUCAUUUCUGACUUCCACAAACCUGAGGACAUUGGGUGGUAUGCUUCGGCGUAUUUCCUUCCCUUAACAGUCUUUAUGCCACUAUAUGGCAAAUGUUAUUCCCUUUGGAGAGUGAAGUGGCUGUUCAUUUUCGCACUGGCCACUAUCAUGGUCGGAUCCAUACUAUCUGCUGCUGCACACACAACAUCCGAAUUUAUUGUUGGUCGUGUAAUAGCUGGAGCUGGUGCUGCUGGUGUUAUAACAGGGGCCAUGAGGAUCAUCGCCCUUGCAGCAGAGCGCAGAUAUCGGACAUUUCUCGAAGCUGCGGGCGCUGUCGUUAUGGGGGUAUGCACGGUAUCCGGGCCUAUCCUCGGUGGAGCUAUUGCUGAUACCAUUGGGUGGCAAUGGUCAUUCUGGAUCAAUCUCCCAAUUGCCGCCCUUUCGGUGUCGAUAAUCCUUCUCUUCUUCCCCAAAGAAUUGAGCGCUUCUUCGCUUCUGGGCCUUCCUUUCCGAGAGAAGCUUAGAAGGCUGGAUCUCAUUGGGGCGUCCCUUUUGAUAUCGGGCCUUGUUUGCUUAAGUUCCGCUUUGCAAUCAUUAUCAACAUCGACAGGCUUUAGCAUAAGUGAAGCUACUUUGGUCAUUCUUACCGCAAUACUUCUUAGCGCCUUUUUACUCCACUCAAGUUUCAUCAACUCUGAAGUCUCCCUCACGCCUCGAAGAAUUUUAUCUAUAAGAGCAAUUUGGAGUUGCUGUAUAGGACUGUUCUUCCUUUUUGCGGGUUUUAUAAAUUUUAUCUUCUUUCUCUCUAUCUUUUUCCAGUCAGUGCAAGGCCAAUCCGCUCAGGAGAGCGCUAUCAGCUUACUCCCCUACGUACUAUCUGUUAGCGUAGGAGCUGUCAUAACAGCCUUGGGUGUUUCAAAAGUCCGAUACUAUAAUCCCUUCUUCGUAUGUGGCGGAAUCCUUUUCGCUACAGGAGCCGGGUUGAUACACACCUUUGAUAUUAACACGUCCUUAAAAACACGGAUAGCCUACGAGGCGAUUUUAGGGUUAGGGGUCGGAUUUCUUAUGCUGGCAAAUGUGGCUUCUUCCCAGAUAUCAUUGGAGGAGGAAUAUCAUCCCAUUGCUCAGGGUUUGACAUUCUUUUGUUCGUUGUUAGGAUCGACCAUCUCCCUCCCGGUGUCUAGUACAAUCUUUAAUAGAAUACUAAGGCAGCAGGUGCUAUCACUUGAUAUACCAUUGCUCCUAAAGGCAUUAGUUUUAUCAGAUCCUACCAAAGUCCAAUCAGUCGUUCCGGCAGAAUAUCGACAAAUUAUACUUGAUGUCCUGGUUUACUCAAUACGGAAGGCCUUUCUUUUUGGCAUAAUCUGCUCGAUCGUUUGUGCGAUAUCAUUUUAUUUUGUGCCAUGGGCCCCCCUUCCGUCUACACCGCAGAGGCAGCAAGAAGGAUCAACAAAUAUACCAGACUCACCACCAAAGCUCCCACAGAUAUCAUUUGCACCUGAACCAGAUAUAGAAAAUUGGCGGAAAUUGCUUUCCAAUUCGGCGUGGGUAAUUUCAACGCCACGCGGUGGAACUCCGGUAUUAUUUUCCGGCUCCUCACAUGAAGGCAGCUAGAGGGUAGUCUCAUGGUCUGGGCAUACUGUGAAGGAAUAUAAUUAAUUGUACAAUUAGAAAACAAUUGAAGGAGGUAGCUACUAUCCCG